AUGCCCCGUCCCAAAGUUCCCGCACAUCAGCGUCAGAGGGCUGUGGAGGCAUGUAAUCUCUGUCGUGAGGCAAAGAAGAGGUGCAGUGGUUCGGCUCCUUGCACUCAGUGUCUCCGCCGGGGUUUAGAGCAUCAGUGCUUCAUAACCUAUGCACCCCGAGGCUCCAGGGCAAGGGCCAGAGCAGAGGCAUCAAUCCGAGCAAGCGAUACAAAUUCAUGGACCAGAGACGAGCCUACAAGUCCGAGGCGACGCGCCAGCAAUCACGCGGUUCAACAAAGUGAUGCCGACACAGUCGAAGUGUUUCAACCGCUGUCACCUUCAGAUUCUCGGCAGGAAGAUGGUGAGGGCAGUCAGAGCGAACAGACUGAUGCUUCUUCGACCAAUCCCCCACGUAUGCUGCUCAAUUCACGCGGGGAGCGAGUCUACAUUGGCGGCGCUGCGUCAAUAUCAUUCCUUCAGAUUGUACGGGACUUGGUAUCGCAGCAGAUCGGUCCUUCAGCCUUUUCACACAACGAAAAGAGUGACAGAAUGCUCGAGGUUGAAACACCUCAAGCAAACGCGCCAGAGCCAGAGGUCAAUGCCAUGGAUUUAGACGGGGAGCAAAAGCUCAGGUAUUUAAGGUCCUACUACGCUGUCACCGAAGCUUUGAUCCACGUCUUUGACCCGUCUGAGCUUGAGGCUUUGCUCAUGUCUCUGGACCAAAGCAUGACCCCCGACGGCAUCGGUAGUCUACCAUCGCUCAAACAAGCAUCGAUUGAUCUUGUUAUAGCGAUAGGCGCUCAGUGUGACUCUCUUGCAAGCGCAAAGAGCAUCGGACAGGCCUGCCUUCGUAGAGCCCGUCGCCAAGCCUUUAUGGGGUUCCUUGAAGAUCCUGAUAUAGAUAUGGUCCGCACAUUUCUUCUUAUGGCAUUCUAUAUGCUUGGAGAGUGUCGGAGGAACGCUGCUUUCAUGUAUCUGGGCAUCGCCGCCAAGGCUGCUCUUGCUUUGGGUCUGCACAGUCGGGAUUCGUAUGCGAAGAAGCCUGGACCUGCUGACCAGCUCAGGCUGCGGAUAUGGAUGAGCAUCUGCAUCGUCGAUAAACUUGUCAACUCAAUCUUAGGUCGACCAUCCGCCACCGCUGGAAUCCGUUCAGCCAGGAAUAACCUCGAUGACGUUGCUCAACCAGGAGAUCACAUCACGGACUGUCUUGUUGCGUCAAACAAGAUUAAGAUCACAACACCAAUUGUCGAACAGCUGAUGCAGGAUAUUGAGAGCUGGAAACGACAUCUACCUGAUUCUAUUCGAAACACGGUGUGCACAGAACAGGCCAGCCCAGGGUCUUUGCCUCCUCAACAUGGAGCAGUCGCCAGAGUACAUGUCUCUUGCUUUUACUACCUUGCCGUGAUGCUUGUAUCAAGGCCUUUUCUCAUCUCUGCACUCACUUCUCGACCACCAAGGGGAGCUUUACCGUCUCAACUAGCCGCUGCUUGUCUUGACGCUGCCAUGUACCUCUCUCAGACAUGCGUCGAGGCCCUGAAUGCUGGCCUCUUGCAGGGAAACAUGUGCAUCAUGAAGGCUCUCAUUUUCGCGGCAGGCCUGGUUCUGGGGUUUGAGAUCUUUGCCAAAUACCCUGUCGACUCCGAUAUCGAGAAUGCCUUCCAAGGGGCAAAAGACGUUCUCACACAUCUAUCCAAGCAAAGCCCACAAGCAGCACAUUACUUGGAGAUUUUGACGACACUCUCUAGUGCCAUUACAAAGCGCCGCUCGAAAGAGACCUCAUCAGGCAGAAGUCGAUAUGUGUCCAAGAUCUUUAGCCUUGAUUCAUCAUCGGAUCAAGGCGAAUCCAGUACACAAGAGUCAAGCUGGCCACUGAUUACCCCUAAUGAUGGCCAGUUUUUCCUACGGCUAGAUGAUGAGGCAACACAAGACUGGUCAUUUCCACAACUCGAGGGAGCUGAUCUCUGCUUGGAUUGGGAGAGUUUGAACAUUUCGCAGUGGGAUAAUUUUCCAUUCCUAUCGUAA